GCCUCAUCAUCCAGGUGGUUCUGGACAUCAUGACUGGGCCACGUCAGAACAGCAGGAGCUGCUGCUGAUUGUCACGUGUGAUCCGAGGAUCUUUUGCUCCUUAAGUUUCAGUUUCUCAGGAAUCAUGUUACCAAACGGAGUCAGCCUCCUACUGUCAGAGAAUAACCUGUUGAACUGGCAGCCUGCCUUCUUCCUGUUUCCUGGUAGAGAGAGGAGUCCGCAGGGUCAUUCAGCAACGUUUACCUUUCUGCAAACUUCAGAGACCAUGGGCGUUAAGGGAAUGAAGACUCUGGUUGCAGAGUCAGAUACUUUGGAGGAUGUUGGCUUCAAGGACAGAGCCAUCAUCAUUGACGGUCCAAAUCUCUACUAUUCUCUGUAUUUUAACUCUGAGCCAAAGCUGGACCAGCAACAUGGAGGAGAUUAUUCUGCAUUCAGAGGUCUGGUCCUUCGGUUCUUCAGCAGCCUGGAGAGCUGCAACAUCACCCCGCUGGUCGUUCUGGAUGGAGGGGCAGAACCUGUGAAGAACAAAACUGUUGGAAAUCGUCUGAAAGACAAACUUCAGAAAGCAAAAAGAAUUUCAGAGUCCAGGGCCGGUGAGUGGGACAACAUCUUGCCUCCUCUGGUCAAAGACGUCUUCAUCCAGGUUCUUCAGGAGCUGCAGGUGGAGAUCCAGCAGUGUUUUGGAGAGGCAGACCUGACAGCUGUUCUGAGGGCCAAUGAGAGGAAAUGUCCCGUUCUGUCCAACGACUCAGAUUUUUACAUCUUUGAUGUGCAGGAAGGGUUCCUUUCAAUUGAUGGAUUCCAGUGGGAAUCUGUGGCACAGGAAGCCAUUCCUGCUCGGCGUUACAGAAUCUCACAGUUUUGUAGAUGUUUUAAUGUAGACGAGAAGCACAUGCCUGUCUUUGCUGCUUUAUCAGGAAAUGAUUACUCACAGUUGGAAAAAGAAGACAUCAAAAAGUUAAUCAGAAGAUAUCCUGAAACUCAGCGGCCAGGAGGAUCCUCUACUGGCCGACAGCGAGCCAUCCUUAGGUUUUUAGGAGAUUUCAGGGGGAAGACGCCUGAAAAGGCUGUGACAGGAGCUCUGCAGCUGGUUGGAAGAUCUAAGCAGGAGGACUUCAAACUUUUCCUGAAUUCAGCUCAACAAUAUGCCUUAAAGGAACCACCUCGUCCCAACCUCCCUCAGUGGGUCGUCCAAGAAAUUCAGAGAGGAAGACUGACCUCCUUUGUCACAUCUGUUGUGAGCCAGAAGUCGAUGACCUUGACUCCACUGGUGGAGGAUUUCUCCCAGCCCAGCAGCUACAAUGCUUCCCUCCGGAUCCGACAGUUCUUCUAUGGACUGUUGCUUGGAACGGACCCAUGCACGGAAUACGAUCGGGAGGGCGCUGAAGAAAUGCGUCCCAAACAGGUCACCCCUGUCCUAGCAGGUGUGACACCAGAGGAGCUGCAGAAACUGGAGCUGGAACAACUGAAUGAGGCUCCUGAGGUUCUGCGCCGCACCGUCAUGUAUGAAGCUCUGGGUUGUUCAGGCUUGGACAUUGAACACAUCCCGGACCAGCUGAAGUUGACACUCUGUGUGACCCGAUUCUGGUUCUGGUACCAGAAUUCCCAGCAGAGCCCCUCAGAAGGGUUCAACAUGUCCUGCCUCCAGGCGCUGGUCCUCGGCUUUCUGCAAGGAAACACUGAUGGAGGCGGUGCGGUCUGGUCCAGCCCCGGUGCAGUUGCUGCUCGGCGCCCCCUGCAGGCCGGAGCUGCUCAUGCUUUCAGCCGCUGGUUGACCUGCCUGAGGCAGAGCCUCCACCUCAACCAGCUGCUGCGCUUCCCUCUGCCGGAGCCGCAGUGCUACAGGCUGUACUGUGGUCCAUGGCUCCACCAGCUGCAGAACCAGCUGCUAACCGACGCCAACGCUUUUGGAGAGAGUAUGGAGCGGCUGCAGGACGGCAAGAGAGAGCUGCUGGACAGAGCCAUGACAGUCAUCCAGUCUGCUGGACAGGAAGUUGACCAGGAACUGGCUAUGGGGCGGGGCCAGUCCAGGGGCGGCGCCAGUCCAGGGGCGGGGCCAAUCCAGGGGCGGGGCUCAGCUGGAAGACAGAUCAAGCACAGGAGGCUGGUCUCAACUUCAGGAUCGUCCCUAAUUAGAGCAACUCCCUCACCCCAAGGAGGGACCCCAGAAGGAUUAAGGUCCCCAUAUAGAAAGUCCCCAUAUAGAGGAGCAUUUUUCCAUAGUCACCAGAGUAGUUUUCCCACCAGGAGGACGGGCCCAGGCGAUGAUGGGAGGGAAACACAGAAGAAAAAGAACUGAUGGAGGGAAUGAAGUGACUCCGCCCUGCACAAGUAACGAGCCGCUGAUUGGUCCAGAUGUAUUCGAGCAGGAGCGCAGGCCGAUAACAGACUGCAG